AUGUCUAGGGAGCUAAUGGCUGAGGAGGAACCUAUGGCUGAGGAAAAAGCUGCAUCCGAUGGGAUGAGGAGGAACCUAUGGCUGAGGAAAAGGCGCUGGUUCUCGCUCUGGCGGCCUGUGCUGCUGCCAUGCCCUCUCCUCACCCCGCUUCGUCUACUCCUACGGCCAUCCAUACGUCCACUCCUCUACCCCGUCGUCAACUCUGCCAAGGCACAUACCCCUGCCAGCACCGUGCCCCUCGUCUACCCCUACGGUCACAAUCUCCCCCAAACCUACACCUACCCCCACACUUUCCCCUACACCUUCCCCAACACCGUCCCCAACACCUUCCCCUACAGCUUCCCUUACACUUACCCCUUCAUGGUCAAGGCCGACGAGGCCGUCGAGGAGGAACCUAUGGCUGAGGAGGAAGCUGCAGGCAUGGAAGAGCUUAUGGCUGAGGAGGAGCUAAUGGCUAAGGAGCUGAUGGCUGAGGAGGAGCUAAUGGCUGAGGAGGAGGAGCUAAUGGCUUGA